UUUAUUCUGUUUGUUUUUUUUGACCAUGUUCGUCGAAUCAAAGGGCGGCAGGGCAGUUUGGGUAAUUUAAUUAUUUGAAACAGAGGAGGAGAGGGGCAAUCGAUUAGGGAAACUUGGGAACGUAUCAUAGCAUUUGACGCCGCCGAGGAGAAGAGACCGCUUGUUGUUGUUGUUGUUAGAAUCCAAUCCAGCGAGGCAUACCGAGAGAUAGCAAGCAAGGGAAAAUGGUGUCAUUGGUGAUGACGGAGGAGGCUCUUUCGCAACUUGAGAGGGUCCAAACCCGAAUCCUCAAACGCAUUUCGGAUCUCGAGCAUUCUCUCCCACCCCACUGCUUCUCCAACUCCAACUCCCUCUUUGCCGCCCAUGCCCAUGCCCAUGCCCAUGCCGAUGACUCCACUGAGGGCCGUCUCUCUGCUAUCCUCCGCGCCAACUCUGUCCGUGAUUUCGCAUUCAAGCGCGUACCCUCCGAUUACUAUGACUGGACUCUCGAAGCUCGAAGAGACAUCCUCGCUGCCGCCUCCAUUCAUCAUCUCUGCAAGAGCAUUGUUUUGGUCAAUACUCAAGCCCCACCAUCUGUAACUGAUUGCAGUGAUCGGAACUAUUCAAAGUACUACAUUGUUGUUGUUCAGUAUACUGCUCGUUUCAAUGCUGAGACUGUGAAAACUUUUCUAUACGCCCUGAACAAUGGCAAGAUACCAAAAAAGAAAUUCAACAUGAGACUAGCUCCAGAAGAAACAUCAGCAAAACUGACUGGAUAUGAACACAAUGCAGUAACCUGUAUUGGCAUGAAAACUGGUAUACCGGUGAUUCUGGAUGAAGCAAUUACAAAACUGAAUCCAGACUUCUUCUGGCUGGGAGGUGGCGAGGUUGAUCUUAAACUGGGGAUCAGGACCUCAGAGUUUAUUGACUAUGUAAAGCCAUUCAUCGUUAAUUGUAGUUAAUUGUAGUAGUGGUUGAUUGGUUGCAGUUGCAUGUUAGUGUUGUUGAAUUAUAAUUGCCCAAGGCAGGAGAUUACUAGUUUGUACAUGACUUGGCAUGUGGAAGUCUUAUGUUUUUUUUUGUGCCCUGCCCUGCACACCAGUCAUCUUCAAUGAAUUUGGUAGUGUGUGCUGGCCUGGGCAUUCUUGAUCUGAUCUGAUGAUGUUAAAAUAAAAGGAAGGAGCACGC